AUGUCCAGAUGUUACAUAAAAUCCCUUUUCGGUUUAAGAAAGGAUUUCAGAAAACAUAGGCUUCCAUUAUUAGUAAAUGGUUGCAGAUCUUAUUCCUUUGCUGAGUGCGAACACCAUACAACUGGCUCCAAACCAACCUGUGGUGAUUCUCAACCAACACCAGCUUGUGUGAAGAAAUGCGAUGAUUCGUCAAAGAACUACAAAGAAGAAUUGACUUUCGGUAAAUCUGUUUACUCGAUUACAGGCCCGAAACAAAUCCAAAUUAAAAUCAUGAAGAACGGACCAGUGGAAGCUGCGUUCAACGUAUACGAUGAUUUCUUGCUCUACAAAAAGGGAGUUUACAAGCACCUUGAAGGUGACUACUUGGGAGGACACGCCAUUAAAAUCUUGGGGUGGGGCGUGGAAAACGAUACUCCUUACUGGUUGAUUGCCAACUCCUGGAAUGAGGAUUGGGGAGACCAGGGAUACUUCAAGAUCCUUCGUGGAAAGAACCAUGUUGGCAUUGAAGGAGAGGUUGUAGCAGGACUACCAAAAUUGGAUUGAAUCUAGGAUGAACGAUUUUUAUAACUAUGCUACUUUGGUAAAAUUAAAAUAAAAAGAAUUCUAGAAAUUUG